GCUCAGUAGCCGAAGCGUCACGAUCGACUCUGUUUCUGACAGUUCAGUACACUUUUGUGCGUUUGUUGACCAUUUUAAGCAAACAUACUAUGCUCAAGAUGACAGCGACUUUGUUUUUAUUAACAAGAAGGUAGCAAAUACCGAUCAUGACCGAAGUGUCAAGUUGUUUGGGUGCAAAGCAGCUAAUGACAAUCAACAGACGAGUCCAGUUCUGGUGUUCACACACGGAUCCCACAAACCCCGAACUCACUUGUGGAUCUAUCGAGCUCCUUUAAUCGUUAAACGCCAUGGAAAGCAUCGGAAAGUACGAGUUCAACAGGAAAGACUUGAUCGGACAUGGCGCAUUUGCUGUGGUGUUCAAAGGAAGACACAAACAGAAACAUAAUUUUGAAGUCGCGGUGAAAUGCAUUAACAGGAAAAAUCUCGCCAAAUCACAGUCACUCCUAGGAAAGGAAAUCAAAAUAUUAAAGGAGCUGAAACAUGAGAAUAUUGUCAGUUUGCUGGACUUUCAGGAGAUUUCAGGAUGCGUCUAUCUUGUCAUGGAGUAUUGCAAUGGAGGUGACUUAGCAGAGUAUUUACACUCAAAAGGCUGUCUGAGUGAGGACACCAUCCGUGUGUUACUGCAGCAGCUGGCAGGAGCUAUGAGUGUUUUAAGGAGUAAAGGCAUCAUUCAUCGAGACCUGAAGCCCCAAAACAUCCUUCUCUCAUACAGCACAGGUCGCAAAUCCAAUCCCAACAACAUCUGCAUUAAACUGGCUGAUUUUGGCUUUGCACGGUAUCUGCAGGGAAACACAAUGGCUGCCACACUAUGUGGAUCUCCAAUGUAUAUGGCUCCAGAGGUCAUCAUGUCUCAUAAUUAUGAUGCCAAAGCUGAUCUGUGGAGUGUGGGGACCAUCAUCUACCAGUGCUUGACUGGCAAAGCCCCAUUUCAGGCAAGUACUCCUCAGGAACUACGGCAGUUUUAUGAAAGAAACCGGAGCCUCAGUCCCAGUAUUCCACGUGAAACUUCCAGUCACUUGAGGCACCUUCUGCUUGGGUUGCUGCAGAGAAACCAAAGGGAACGCAUAGACUUUGAUGAUUUUUUUCACCACCCUUUCCUGGAGGCCAGUACAUCUAUGAAGAAAUCAUCUCCUGUGCCGGUGCCUGUGCCCGUGCCCACAUAUCCCAGCUCAGGCUCUGGAAGCUUCAGCAGUGGCUCCUCGACCUCUCGCCUCACUCCUACACAGUCUGAUACUGAAGCUCCAAAGUCCCUCCCUCAAAUGAAGCCCACAGAGUCUCCUGGAUCCCUGCUGAAAGACUCCUCUUCCUCCGACUCGGAUGACUUUGUUAUGGUUCCGGCUCAGUUCACCAGUGAGCCAGUCGGUGCAGAAGGGCAGGACAGCUUGAUGCGCAGCGGAAGCUCACUGCUGGGUGCCACUGCUUAUAUGUGUCAAACACCAUCGUCCUCUCCAUCUGGCAGAACAUCCCCGAGACCCUCCAGGCAUCUAGAGUCGUGUGGCAGUAGCUACGCUCAGUCUAUUCCUGUUCCAGUGCCAACACAAAAGCACAACUACCAGAGGAUGGAGCAUAAUCUACAAGAGUCUGAAAGGACCUCAGCGUCUGCACAUCACUGUUGCUCUGAUGGAUCUCCAGCAUGUGGGAGAACCGGUGUUUCUCCAGAUUCAGGAGGAUCCAGAUCGUAUUUACCUUCCCCACAGGUCGGAAGCAUUCCUGAAACACCCAGUCAGCCUGAACCUGUUGGCAGCAGGACAGGGUUUCAUGCCACAGAUCAACAGCCUGGUCAAGUGUCUCCUCUCUUCACUGACCUCACAGACUUGGACCCAACACUGGCCCAAAGACUCAGAGCUCAUCGUCACAGUCUGGAUACCAUAGUGCACAGGUGGGAUUUGUGUCGGCGUCCCAGCUUUGGUCAAACUCCAAAUGCAGCACUGCUUCAGCGAGGCCUCACCACCCGAACCAAGACCAUGUGUGACCUGAAAGAUCUGGCACAGUAUCCUGCUGCGGGGCCUCGGGUGCCGCUUGUCAGGCCAGCAGAAAGAAGAGACACCGUCAAAAGGUCAGUGAGUACCGGCCGUCUCUCGGAUAAACUGCUGAAGGCUGUGUUUGGACAUCAGCUUGACAGAGGCAGCUGCGAGAGCUUAAAUUCAGAGAAACCCAUGGAUACAACUGCGCCUCCUUGUGGUGUUGAUCGCUCAGACAGUCCUGCUGGAGUCAUGUUCAUGCUGGGCACUCCUGAAUAUGGACACACUCCGCCUCAUGCUAGACACAGACGCUUCUCAGUGGGGGCUCCUUGCUCUACCAGUCCUGGCUGGACCUACGGCUCUCCUGAAAGCCUGCUCUAUGGUUACACAGACGCCAUGGCAACAAACCUGCACGAGAAUGUGACAUUUGUGCCACCUGAACUGCCAGAGGAGACGUUAAUGGAGGAGGGACACACGGACUUGCUGAGCCAGCUGCGCUUCGUUCUAGCCUUUUCCCACUGCAUAACAGAGCUGGCUGGAACAAAGGACAGCGGGACUGGAAGAAACGUGCCACCUGAUGCUUCACUCUUAGAGCAGAGUGUAGUGGCUGACCAGAUCAGCCUGCUGAGCCGAGAGUGGAGUUCUGCAGAACAAUUGGUUCUCUAUAUGAAAUGUGCUGAGCUGCUGUCUUCUGCACUACACACAGCGAUGGCUGGCAUCAAAGAAGGAAAACUCUACCCAUCAGGAUCUGUGAAACAAGUGGUGCGUGAGCUGAAUGAGAUGUAUAAGGAGUGUGUGAACUCCUGUCGUUCUCUGACUGAGAAACUCCAGCACUUCUUCAGCAGCAAACAGAGACUGAUGGACCGGAUGAACAGCAUCACCGCUGAGAGGCUCAUCUACGCACACACCAUUCAGAUGGUACAGACGGCAGCACUGGACGAGAUGUUUCAUCACGGAGAAAGCUCUCUAGAGAGAUACCACAAGGCCUUACUGCUGAUGGAGGGCCUGUCCUUGAUUAUUACAGAGCCUUCAGACCUAAACAAUGUCAACAAAUGUAAACGGUGUAUCGAGCGACGGCUCUGUUCCCUCCAAGCCCAAGGAUGUGUGUGAUGAACACUUGUUCUUCAUCUGCAUCAAACACACAACAUCUACUUCUCAUUUCAUCCCAGCUGCCUUUGAAAUCCUGUCAAAUGACAAACCCGCCCGCUCGCUCACUCUUUUAAACUACACUUGGCUUCCAAAGCCCCGAAAACAAACAAGACUUUUUCUCAGUGGACAGAAAUAAAGUCUCUAAUCGAGAUAUCAAUGAUAUCUGAUGUAUUUGAGAAACUCAGACAUCUCUUUUGUUGGCUUUAAAAUAACAUCGAGUGAUCGUUUGUCAUCGGUUGAAUGGCUAGGUGAACAUUUCGACCUUUGAUCCCACACCAGUUUGCGAUGGCACUUC